GCUGUCGUGGAGGCCGCGCAGCCACGGGCGGGCCUGUUCCUGUUCGCCGCCGUGCCUCUCCGUCACCGCCCGGUCUCUCCAAUGGCUGUGCAGGGCGCCGCAGCCCGCCGCCUACUCGCGCUCGCGCCCGCCCGCAGCGGCCGCGCCUUCUGGUCGGCCUCGUGGGCCGGCGCCGACCCGGCCGCCCCUUCCGCCUCGUCGACGUCCCCCGACAACAACAACAGCAGCAGCAGGAAGAAGAAGGCGCCGUCCGGGUCCGGGCACCACCGCCUCGCCGCCGUCAUGGACGCCGUCAACGAGCGCAAGCUCCCUCCCGAGCUCCGCGGGCGCGGAAACGCGGUAAGGUCUGAAACUGACAUUGUAAAUGUCGUUGAACAAAGAAUAUGGCAUUCAAUGGAGGAAGGGCACUUCGAAAAUCUACCAGGGAAGGGCAAACCCUUAAACCUCACUUCAAAUCCUCAUGCCGAUCCUGCUGAGGACACCCUUUACAGGAUACUUUCAAGGAAUGGUUGUGCACCUGAAUGGGUUGAGCUGAAUAAGGAAAUCCGUGGUAUGAUCAUAGGCUGGAGGUUGGCAUUAAGGAAGGCAUGGGCAAACCGCUCUGAAGGUGAUGAUUCUAACUGGAAUGAUGACUGCAGGGUUCUACAGGAGCAAAUUCGCCAGAUAAAUGAUAAGGUUUUCCGGUACAACCUGAUAGUACCCUUUGGGCGGCAGAUGUUUGGUCUGAACUGGGACAAGGAGGUGGACAAGUUGAAGUAAGAAGGGUCAAGGAGGUGGACGGAUCAGUGAAGAACAUAGCAUGGAGUACUUUUGUUGUAUCAAAAUGUCCUGUAACUUGGAAUAUCUGGUAGGACAGACACAUAUUUAAGAAACCAUGAAAGCUGAUAUAGGUAUUUCACGUAGGCUUUUAUUAGUUUAGAUGCUUUGGAAAACUAAGUUUUCCAGUGCUGUAGCCCAUCUUGUGGUAACACUCGAUGUAUGUUACGUGUGCAAAUCCUGAGCUUAUUUCUCAGCGAUUGAAUUUCUCAAACACGUAGGAGAAUUGUAUAUUAUUACUGCUGUUGUUUUAUUGUAAAGUUGGUCAUAUUUCUUAAA